CAGUAGUAAGUGGUAACUGUUUAGCCUUUACCUCUCUCUUUCUUUCGCUUUCUCUCUCUUCAACACAUAAUAUGUUUUCAUCCAAAUAAAAAUAUAAAAAUGAAAAUUUAAUUUGUCAGAUUAGGGUUUUUUUGGUAUACUUAGACAGACACACAAAGGAAUCAUCAGAGAUUAAAAUUCCAUCUUGUCUGAAAUUGAGGUCCGAUAACCCACCGCCAUCAUGGAAUAGAAGCUGAGGCAGAGAAUUGCAGGCUAAUGCGUUGGUGGGUUUGACUUGGAGUUUGGUAACAAUCAUAUUUGGAAGUCUUCAUACCUGAGGUGGGAGUUUUUCAGAGACUGGUGGUGAAAAUGGAGAAUCAGACUGCUUUUGAUGAUGUGGCCUCGGUGGAUUUGGUCAGUGAAAUAAAACUGGAAGAAGAUGAGGAAGAGUUUCGGAGUUGUUGUGAAGAUGAGGAAGUGUGGAAGGAGCCUGAAGAAAUAGUAAGGGAGGAGCAAAACGAAAAACUUGAUGAAUUUUCUGUUAAGAUGUUUUUUAAGGGCAUCUCUAUAGCAGAGGCAGGGGACUCUGGUUGUGGAUUUUCUGGAAUUGGUAUUGUAAUGGAAAGAAUAGCAAAUGUUCCUGUGAUUCAGGUACAAAAGAAGCUGGAUUUCCAUGUUGAAGAAUCUGUUGCUGACUAUUUGGCUCUCAUGGAUGGACUGGCUGAGGCUUUACAGCAUGACAUCCGCCGAGUUUAUGCAUUUACUGAUUCCGAACUGUUAUGUGAUCAGAUAACACAUGGGGAGAAAGUUGAAAUUCCACUUCUGAUUGCUCUGAGGCAAAGGAUCCUUGAACAUGCCAGUAAUCUGGAAGCCUUUGUACUGAAACUCAUCCCCAGCUUAGAUCUUGAGAGGCCAUUGCGUUUGGCCCAGGUAGCAAUUGGGGUUGUGUCUUUUCCUGCAAAUGGAAAUGAAGCACGUGACAACUGCUCUAUCUGUUGUGAGGAAAAGAUAUCGCCAAUGAUGAUCACAAUGAAAUGUUCCCACAAAUUCUGUUCACAUUGUAUGAGAACCUAUGUUGACGGAAAAGUACAGUCAUCUCAAGUACCGAUCAGAUGCCCUCAGUUAGGAUGCAAAUAUUUCAUCUCCAGCAAUGAAUGCAGAUCUUUUCUGCCUCUCACUUCAUAUGAAUGUUUGGAGAAAGCUCUCGCAGAAGCUGAUGUUCUCCACUCAGAUAGGAUAUACUGCCCCUAUCCAAAUUGUUCUGCCCUGCUUGAUCCACGCGAGUGUCUGUCAGCUAGAGCAAGUUCAUCAAGUCAGUCUGAUAACAGUUGUGUUGACUGCCCUGUUUGUCAAAGGUUUAUCUGUGUGGAAUGUGCUGUUCCUUGGCAUUCUUUGAUGAGCUGUGAAGAGUUCCAGAACCUCCCAUUGGAAGAGAGAGAUGCUGCAGACAUUACCUUGCAUCGUCUAGCACAAAAUAAAAGGUGGAGGCGUUGCCAACAAUGCCGCAGGAUGAUUGAGCUCACCCAAGGUUGCUAUCAUAUGACCUGCUGGUGUGGGCAUGAGUUCUGUUAUUCCUGUGGUGCCGAAUACAGAGAUGGACAACAGACCUGUCAAUGUGCCUUUUGGGAUGAAAACAACGCUGAAGAUUUGGUUACACAGUCUGUGCAAGAAUCAGAACAGUGGGCAUGGGAGACUUUUAACUCACUACCUAUGCUCAUGGAUGCUUACUCAGAGCAAGAGAGAUCGCAACUUGCAUUGAUCCAAAGAUUUCUUGCUGGGGGUUUCAGUUUGAGCGAUCAUCACCCUUAUCAGUCCCCUCCCCGUUGUACAGACUCAUACGUAGAUGCCAUGAAGGAUCUUCAUCAGCUUCCUUGGCUCGAGAGAUUUGUCUCUGUAAUUAGUGACAACUACUACGAAGACUACAUUCAAUGAAUAGGACUGCCAGAAACUAGGUAAAAAGAAGUUGCAUAUCCUCUCUCUGAUGCUUAAAGGAGGUAAAAGAGCAACUCACUCUAAUUACUCCAUUUGCAUUUACAAUGAGGUGCAGCAAACAGCACUUCCUUCUAUUGUAGUUUUCUUGAGACAAUAUUUGACCUUGAAGGUCAUUGCAUAAAGUCCAAAUUGAAGAGGCAUUAUAUGAUGGUUGAUCUCUUCUGAAAAGAAUGAAAAUACAUAAAAAAAACAUUUAUAUUGUUGAAUUAAAAGAAAGUGAAACAAAUUCAUCUUU